AUGUCAAACCCAGAAGAGCGCAAGAUCCUGCACAUCAAGGAACAAAAUGAGAAACAAACCGACCCCGAAGUAUCACCCUCAGACGAUGAUACCUACGUGUACGAACAAACAUUCGAAUCGGAUAACCCGCUACGGGUCGAUACCUCCAUGAACGAUCAUGGCCCUCCGCCAAUGAGUACGCCAUCUGCUCGCCGGGAACAAGCCACUCGUCUUGAAGAUGAUUUGUUGCUCCUGCAGGCUGAGCGCGUGGUGUCUCGGUCAACGCAAGGGCCCGAGGACGGGGAGGGAUCAUCAAUGAACCGGACCAGGUCCCGUCGCACCGAAGUCAUCGAUGAGUUUGACGAAGCGACCAACCCGUUACAUGAAAAAGCCGCUGUGUAUACCCCACCAGAGAGUCCUAAUACCAAACUCUCGGCUUUUGUUAAAAAGAUCCACCAGUCCAGCUUCAUCGUUCGCUAUCUCACCUACAUUCUGCCCGUCGUCAUCCUUCUAUUGAUCCCGCUCCUCGUCGGAGCCCUUGCAUUUCCCGAUGCCGAUGUUGGUGGUGUGAGGUUGAUGUGGUUUUCAAUCUGGCUGGAAAUCUUCUGGUUAACUCUCUGGGCUGGUCGCAUUGUUAGCAAAGGUCUACCUGCCCUCGUAAGUGUCCUGGCUAGUAUUUUUACCAACAAUGCGAAGAAAUGGCGCGAUUUAGCCAGGCAGUUGGAGAUUCAUGCCGCCCUGUUCCUAUGGUGGCUUGGUGUGGAGAUCUCUUUCUUGCCGACCAUGAAGAACCACCAUGUGGACGGAAACUCGGCCACACGCAGCUGGGAAAACACUCUCAAUAAGAUCAUCAUCGUGAUCUUUGUGUGGACCAUUUUGAACUUGAUUGAAAAGGUCAUUAUUCAAUUGAUUGCCAUCAGCUUCCACCUCCGCACCUACGCGGAUCGUAUUGAGAUCAACAAGUUCCAGAUCGGCAGCUUGACGAAGCUGUACGAUUGGUCUCGGAAUCGCAUCGAGGAGACAGAUGAGGCUUUCCAUGAGAAGCCCGCGGAACAAGCAGAUACCCCGCCUGGGAUGAAGAACCCUCUGCAUUAUGCCGGAAAAGCUCAUAAGGUGGCAGUUGGUGUGGCCAAGGGCGCGGCGAAGAAAGCUGCUAAUAAAGUCGGUGACGUUGCUAAUGCCGUUACCGCGGAUUUUACUGGUCGCAAGGCGACCAAGAGCAAUGAUCCGUACCAAGUCAUUCUGGCGCUGUUGCGAAGUACAUCUGGUUGUCAGGUCCUCGCACGUCGUCUGUACCGCACAUUUGUACGUGAUGGCUUUGAUACUGUUUUCUCUGGUGAUUUGAAGGAGGCCUUUGAGAAUGGCGACGAAGCCGAGGCUGCAUUUACCAUGUUCGAUCGUGACAUGAAUGGCGAUAUAUCCAUGGAGGAGCUCGAGGCUGUCUGUGUCGAUAUUGGCCGGGAGCGGAAAUCGAUUACUGCUUCUUUGAAGGAUUUGGAUUCAGUUGUGUCCAAGCUCGACAAUGUGUUCAUGUUCUUCGUGAUUGUUGUUGUUCUUGUGGUGUUCUUGUCUUUGAUCUCUACAUCUGCCGCUGGUGUUUUGACUUCGGCUGGAUCCAGUAUCCUGGCCCUUUCUUGGUUGUUCUCAGCUACGGCCCAGGAAUUCCUGCAGUCUGUCAUUUUCGUGUUCGUCAAGCAUCCCUUUGACGUCGGUGACCGUGUGACUAUCUACGGUAAUGCUGGUGAUGCUGGACUGGGCGAUGAUUAUUUCGUCAAGGAGAUUACCCUGUUAUACACCGAGUUCAAGAAGAUGCAGGGCCACGUUGUCCAGGCACCGAACAGCUACCUCAAUGGUCUAUUUAUUCUGAACCAGCGACGAUCCGGUGCUCUAGCCGAGGCUAUUCCCAUUGUUAUCAAGUACGGCACAACUGUCGACCAAAUCGAUGCUCUCCGCCAGCGUCUGCUGGAGUUUGUGCGCAGCGAGAAGCGCGACUUCCAGAGCAAUAUGCUCACCGAGCUGCGCGAGGUGACCGAAAACUUCUCUCUCACGCUCAACAUUGUCUUCUUCUACAAAUCUAACUGGCAGAACGAGGGUCUCCGUCUGCAGCGCCGCAACAAGUUCAUCUGCAUGCUCAUGAUCGCCCUCCAGGAGAUCGGCAUCGAGGGCCCACGCAUGAACCUCCAGGGUGCCAAGUUCGACAUCCCCUUCCACAUCAACCACAACCAGCCCAUGGUCGCACCGACCCCCAGACGCGAAGAGCCAAGCGAGUUCGAGCCCAUCCCAAUCGGCACAGAUUCCAGCUCGCUCCAGGACAAUACCGCGACAACCAGCGGCGCCGCUACCCGCCAGCAUUCCAUCUUGCGCAGGGGCGCAGAUACCGCUGCCGCCCGAGCUCGUGGUACCUCCACUUCUCGGAAGCAUGUCGAUUUUUCCCUCGGCAUGUCCAAUCUCUCCUCGAACGAUAUCAUGGGCGAUGUCUUCGAGGAUCGCUCCGUGCGACUUGACAAUGUUGUCCGUAGUGCGAACCGCGAGGCGGCUGAGCGUCGUAUGCAAGAUGUCGCGGAAGAAGAAGAAGAGCGAAAGAGCCGAGCGUCAUCAUCUCAGCAUCGUCGUCCUUCGACUUUGAGUGCUCCGGCUCAUGAACCUCGUCACUCUACCGAUGCUCAUAGCUAUCGCAGUGGGGCCUCGUCUACACGGAAUCACUUCUUCCGACACCGCAGCAGUGUUACUCGGGACCGUGAGGAUAUAGAGCUGGGCCGUCCUGGUACUCCACCGGUUAAGGAUGACUGA